CAGAAGUCUACCUCACUAGGAUUUGGGCGAGUAUAGUGGGAUUCUACUGGAAUUUGCAGCUUCCAAUAUUUAAGCUCGAAUGGACGGACCAACAAAGUAGACCAGUUGGACCUGGGUCAGCUUCGUUUAACAGCGAGGUAGGCUAUUUGGCACGCAACUAUAUUGAUGUGAAGCGUGCAAAGAAAAAAGAGAUAACGGUCCUAAAGACUAAUGAAAUCAUUCAGAUGUUACUGGAGAAGUUUGUUGUCGUUAUAUCUCAGCCACAUGUGCAUAGAUAUAUUUUAUACGAGAUUGGAACUCGAUUCAAAGACUAUCGAGCGAAACUACAUCGUCAUUACAAAAAGUCACGUGAUCAAGCACAUGCUCGUCAAAAGCCGUAUAAAGACAUAAAACAAGAAGACUGGAACAUAUUAUGUGAUAGAUUAGAAUUUCCUGCAUGGAAGGAAAAAUCUGCCAAAAAUAAGAUGGCAAGUAGUAAAUUGAGGUUCAAUCAUCGAGGUGAACCAAAACCAUUUCAGUGUCAUCGAGAAGAUUCGGAAGAAAUGAUUACCUUAAAGGCGAAUCAUGCUUCUCAAGGAGACGAAAAAACAGAAGAAGAAAUAAUGGAGACGGUCCUUGGGAGAAGAUCGAACUAUAUAAUAGGAAUGGGAUAUGGACCGAAACCCAGGAUCAUCAUCAAAAUACUCUGAUGAAUAUGUUGAGUCAUUAGAGGCUCGUAUUCAGAAGCAUGAGGAAGAAUUGACAUCUCAAUUAAAGGAGAACGAAGACCAACAAAUGGCCACCCAAUAACAAAUACAAAAAGUAUUGGAGGCCCAAAGCCAGGAGUUUAACAGGAAACUUCUCGAAAUGCACCAAAUGUUUCUUUCGAGGGGAGGAAGUUCAUUGAAUAGUAAGGAUUGAUGUUGGACGUUGGAGAGGAUUAUUUGUGUGAAUUUAGUUAGAUGCUUGACGUUAUUUUUCUUUUGUACUCUAAUUUUAUAAUGAGUUUUAUUUUUACACACUUGCAAUGUUAUGAAUGAUACAAUUGUUCAGUGAUAUUUGCUAUAU